CUCCACGCUGCCGUCGCUGCACUGUCUGUCAACCCGGCUCCAAAUUCAAACGUCCGUCAAUGCCGUUCUGUUUUAAAAGUUAUUAUUUUAUUAUUUUAAUUAGGGCCAGUGUUAUGUAUUAAAUAUUUUAAAAAAUGGAGGGGCGUAGGUCUUGGGAUGGUGUGCCGUUGGGCGAAUCUCAUUCCCCUCCACAGUCAGUGCCGGGAAGAAGAACCCCGCUGGGGGCUGUUGGUCUUGGAGGCUUUUACAUGCAAGGAGGACAGCCCCCACCACCCCAGCACUGUUACCCAACUGAUGAAAAUCAACCUGAGCCUGGGACCAGUUAUGCUCAAAGACCCAUCGGCGAGGGCAAGGGGAAACAAAAGAUGAGGCAAGGGAAAACCGUACGACUGAAUAUAAAUGCAAGAGAACGAAGAAGAAUGCAUGAUUUGAACGACGCGUUGGAUGAUCUGAGAUCUGUUAUUCCGUACGCACACUCGCCAUCCGUCCGCAAACUGUCCAAAAUUGCAACUCUGCUGCUUGCCAAGAACUACAUUCUUAUGCAAGCCAGCGCUCUUGAGGAAUUGCGAAGGUUAGUAGCCUAUCUCCAAGGCACAGCUACAGCAGCAGGCAUAGUCCCGCCACCAGGGUUCGAUCUGUCCGGAUUCCCGGCAGCAGCCAAGCUCCUCCAGCCCCCCGCACCGGGUCCCCCGGCUCCACCCCCCGAGCCGCCUUCUUGAGAUCCACAGGUCAAACUUGAACCGUAUUCACCGACAAACUUGAACUGUCUUUAAAUUUGCAAUAGUUUAGGUUAGAAUUAUAAUAUUAUUAUUAUAUUGUAGCAAUUCAUAUUUAAUGUCAGUAAAGGCAAAUAAUUUUACAGUAAACAAGAAGAAAGAACUCCUGUAGGGCUA